UUUCCAAUGGCUAGAAUUUAUCCUAUGACUUCUUCUUCUGCUUCUACCUCUUCUUCUUCUUCUUCCUCAAUCUCAUACAUGACAUCAAAAAGAGAAACAUUUACUUUAUGGAUGAAAUCUCUAGUCUUCCAAGGAAAUGGCUGCACUGUUUUUGAUUCAAAUGGUCGAAUUAUUUACAGAAUUGACAACUACAGCAAAAAGUCUAGCAGUGAAGUCCAUCUCAUGGAUCUGCAGGGGAAAGUUCUCUUUUCUCUACGUAAAAAGAAAUUUUCACUUUGCGGACAUUGGAAUGGCUAUAAGAUGGAUGAGGAAAUUCCUUGUUUUGAAGUAAGAAAAAAUGGACAUGUACUCUGGGGAGAGUUAAAGUACGAUAUUAUUUUUGGGUGUGAUAUUGCUGAUUCGGACAGCUAUAGGAUCGUUGCUUUACAAGGCAAACCAGGCUUCAAGAUUGUCAGCACAGAAAACACACUUAUCGCAGAGGUACGUUCGUUAUAAUUUUCCUUUUUAUUAGUUGAAGCAAAUAUGAAAGAGAAGAUGAUCUAGUUUGUUAACUUCUAUACACUAAUCCAAGAACUUUACACAUAAAAGAUAAUUACAAAUUCCAUAGUUACCUGAAAAAUAAGACAGAUAAUGUUAAAAUUUUAUCAUUUUACGUCUUCUCAUGGCAGCAUAUAUAUAGACGCAACAUAACUUUUGCUUUCACGUCUAAAUUCA